UCACUCGACAACUCCGAGCCUGCCACCCCGCCGACAGUCGGUGAGGUGAUCUCCAGCAGAAGGAUCGAGCGGUCCGAAUGGAUUACCUGGCAGCCGAGAAUGACUCGCUCAAUGACAAACGCAGCGGCCUCCUCGUCGGCACAGGCAUCCAUGUCCGCGGCAGGCCCAUCGACGGCGCCGCAAGGUCAGAAGCGAAAGUCGCUGGACACAGACGACGACGAAGACCUUCCUGGGCAGCAUGGGUUUCGAGACGAAGAGGGCGCAUACGAAGAAGAAGAUGAGGAGAAUGAGGGAGAGGGAGGCGACGCGAUUGAGGAGGCUGAGGAGGACGGCCGGUUCGAUCCAGAGGAGAAGCACCUCCGCGACACCGCUACCGCUGGGCCAGACGGACGCUGGGAGUGCCCCGCGCCCAAUUGCGACAAGCUGUUAUCGUCCUUGGAGAUUAUGGUCCGCCACUGGAAGGGAUGCAAGAAGAGGCCCGACCCUCAGUCCAUCCCUUGCCCGGGCUGCGGCAAGUUGUUCGCGAGGGGCGAUGCGAUGCGCCGGCAUCACAGAAACCCGAAUGCUUGUGAAGGGUACGUCGCAGAUGAUGAGGCGAGGCCGAGGCCGAAGCGCGGUCGAGGGUCCAACGGCGGUCGAGGGAGCAAAGGUGGCGGCGGUGGUCGGAAGCGUGCUCGUCGUGGCUAGAGGUAGCCGUUCCUCUUCUAACUUUCUGUCUCGUUGGUUCUGCGUCGAGCUGUAUCUCGU